AUGCACUUUCCUCGCGCGAGCUGGCUGCUCGCUGCCUGUAUAGGGAACGUCGCUGGUGCUGCAGGCACUGGUGUACUGGAAGUGGACCUCAUUUUCCCGCGCAACGACACAUAUCCGCCCACAAACAACUUCCCCGUCGUUUUUGCUUUCCAGAAUGCCCAGCGUGCGCGAUACUUGAACCCCUCCAUCCAGUACUUGAUGUGGAACUUGCAGACGGAUGAUACGUCCUUCACGCUAUCUCAUGAUCUCGGUUGGAAAAACGCGACCGAGGAAACUUACCUCGCACACGAGGUUAUGAGCUUCCCUAGCCAGGAGGGUCGCUACAAACUCAGCUGGUCCCUGACCUGGGACAUCCAUAAUAAGACUACUUGGGCAACCUACUUCACCAUCAACGAUUCCGCCCCUCAAGUGGAUCUCGUUGCUGCCACAGUCACCAAGACAUGCCCUGAUGAAUAUGGCAUGAUAAUCAAUGUAUCCGACAAAACAUUGAAGGUCCCCUCGAGCGUGGAGUGGUCUGGCAAGAAUUGGAAUAAUGACACCUGCGCAGUGUUAGCUAACUCUACUUCUGCCCCUACGCCGGAUCCUUGCCGGGUUCAUAUUGAUAGAGCCGCUGCUGAAAGCAUCAAUGCCUCCGUCACAGCUCGUGUAUGUCGUGGCAGUGGCAUUGACCCGCCAGACUAUUGCGAAAAGAAUGCCGCGACACGGUUGGCUGUCGCUGGAGUUUCUGCUUCUUAG